AUGGUCGGCAGGCCGAAGGAGACUUCUGCUUGUAAGGCUCAGCUCGCACCUGAGGCGCUGCGGCGCGAUGUUGUCCCUAGAAGUGCUGUCUGCGGCGGGCUUAAGGUGCAAACUGCGAUCGCACGACCAAGGCGCACGCGUGACGACUACGAAGCGCCAACGCGUACCAUUCCUCCCACGGACAGCAACGAGCAGACACUACGAUGGCGGAUCCGACGCCCCAAGAGAGUCUCGAAGCCCAAGAGGAAAAGCGCAGGAACGGCGAAACGAACAGCAACCAACACCACGCGAAUCACCUCGAGAAUCACGAACGAUGGCCUCCAAGAAGGCAAGAACGACACCGAUUCAGGCGCAGCAAUGCUCCAAAAGGUCUUUGGAGUCUUGCGAAUCCAUAGGGACGAAUUCAGCAAGCAGCAGGAAGUGACACGGAGCAUGAUCGGCGACCAGCAAAAGACGAUUCGAAAGUUGGAACAGAAGCUCGACGAAUACAGGGUGGCGAUGGGCGGCAUUGUGCGCAACACCGCCGGCGGAGGAGUGAACGGGGAUGUUAUAGCAAAGUACUCCGUCACUCUUGGCCCGAGAGGCGAGCAGAACGCAUAUACGGCCGAGCUGGAAGCGAUAGCACUAGUCCUCAGGUGCAUGCCUGACGGUCUCCGACAUCGAGAUGUGAUCAUUGCGACAAGAAAUUGA